AAAUGUAGCAUUAGUUUAGCAUUGGUUAUCGGACGGCCAUUUCACGACGUAAAUUCGCAAUCACAAUAUUUGAAUAUGUUGUCUAAAGUUGUAUUUCUCGUAGUUUUCGCGUCGGCUAGUUGUUUUCCUAGAUUAACUAGUUUGACAUCCAUACAGGUUGUGACACCUCUCAGUUUCUACAUGCGUUCAGAUUGGCAUGCUCAACGAGCUACAGAUUUAACCCCGCUGUCAACUCCAGUACCCUACGUAAUUAUACAUCACACAUAUAAGCCCGACGCAUGUGCAAGCCACCAAGAAUGUAUCACAGCUAUGCAGUCAAUGCAAAGAUACCACAUGGAGAGCUUAGAUUGGGGUGAUAUUGGAUAUAACUUCUGUAUAGGCAAUAGUGGAGAUGUUUAUGAAGGGAGGGGUUGGGAAAGAAAGGGUAUACACGCAGGCAAAGCGAAUGGUGUCAGUAUAGGUAUAUGCCUAAUCGGUGAUUGGAGAGUUGAUCAGCCACCACAGGCCAUGUUAGAGGCUACCCAGGCUCUAAUACAGAUGGGAGUUGACAAGGGCAUGGUCAAUCCUGACUAUAAGUUAGUAGGCCAUAACCAAGUGAUGGCAACAGAAUGUCCCGGCACUGCCCUCUUCGAUAUUAUUUCAAAAUGGGAUCAUUUCUCAAAUAAAUUCAGUGUAGCUUAGGUAUAUUAAUAAAAUAUAAGAGAGUGUUCCUUAAUAUUGUACAGUCAUGUUAAUUUAAUAAAUUAGUUAUC